AUUCACUAUUUUGCGAUAGUAUUAUUAAAUUUAUAUAUUUGAGAAAAUGAGAGAAUGGUGGAAGUAAAAUAAUUUGAAAGGAAUAUGAAUAUUCCGUUGAAGAAGACUUGCUCCUGAAAUCCUUUGGACCGAAACUCGUAAAAUUAUUUCCCUUCAAUUUCUCUGAAAUCUAUUCACCGUCUCCUUUGUCUCCUCCUCCAAAUCGAUCGUUCCUCGUCGUCGUCUGAUUUUCUCUACGAUUGCUUUUUCUGUCUAGCUCGAUAAGAUAAAACAAAACUAAUUUUUGAAGAGUUUUUUUUUUUGGGUUUGGGAGCGAUGGGUCAAGCUUUUCGUAAGCUAUUCGAUACUUUCUUCGGCAAUCAAGAAAUGAGGGUCGUUAUGCUGGGGCUGGAUGCUGCUGGAAAAACAACUAUUCUCUACAAGCUUCAUAUUGGAGAAGUUUUGUCUACUGUUCCCACCAUUGGAUUCAAUGUUGAGAAAGUUCAGUACAAGAAUGUGAUGUUCACAGUUUGGGAUGUUGGUGGCCAAGAGAAACUGAGACCUCUUUGGAGGCAUUACUUCAAUAAUACUGAUGGACUUAUAUACGUGGUGGAUUCCUUAGAUCGAGAGAGGAUCGGGAAAGCAAAGCAAGAAUUUCAGGAGAUCAUAAAAGACCCAUUCAUGCUAAACAGUAUCAUUCUGGUGUUUGCAAACAAACAGGACAUGAGAGGAGCCAUGUCACCGAGAGAAGUAUGUGAAGGGUUAGGCUUAUUUGAUCUCAAGAACAGGAAAUGGCACAUACAAGGUACUUGUGCUCUUCGUGGAGACGGGCUUUAUGAAGGCUUGGACUGGUUAUCAUCUACUCUUAAGGAUGUUAAAGCCGCUGGAUUCACAUCGGUUGGCCACUCGUUUUAAAUCUUCCAGGUAAUAUAAAGACCUGAAAACACCAGCGAGCUAUAACCAGUAGUUCAGUACAAUUACUCUCAGUCUCGUGAUCAGGAUCUUGUAAAACGUCAUUUCUCCUUGCAGGUAUACUUUGAUAUCAAUGGCCAGUGUCUUCUUCUUGGCUUUAUCACGAAAUCAGAAUCUCUGAAGACUUUUUUUGUUAAGGAAAGAAUGAUCUUCUCAUUGUGGCAAUAUUAGACUCCAUUAGACUAUUUUUGAAUUUUGAUCAUGCUGCCAUGAAAGCUUCUUUGUAUAUUCUGCUGAUGAAGAGUUGUAUCAUCUGAAAAACCUUCUCUUUGGGGUCAUCUUUGUCCGAUUAAGACUUUGGUAGAUGUAUAUACAUUCCUUCGAAAUCAUGAUAUAUUUUUUUAUAACAAUUAUAAGUUUUCCCUUCUUCUUUUUCUC